AUGGUUAACCCACACAGAAACCAGUACCUUGCAACGACUCUGCUACUUUCUCUGCUGAUUUUGUUGAUAUCUUCUUCAUCGUCUGCUAGACCCUUGAAUGAUUUCAGCCAGCUCUCAGCCACCUCCAACCUUGAACUUCCAAGCGACAGGGUGGUUAUGAUGCCGGAGAAGAAAGGACACGUGUGCGGUGGAAAAGUAAACAGGCCAUUGAUCCUGAACAUGCUUCCUAAGGGAACUGUUCCUCCAUCUGCACCAAGCAAAAGACACAACAACAUCAACAACUAG